AUGGCGGUUGCGUCGACAGUAGGAUCCAGUAUGAGAAGUAAAAAAUCCUCAAUUAAUAAUACUCUUUCGUUGCGUUUUUUAAAGGCGUGACUGUUUUUUUGCUUGUACUUUUUUUUUUGUCCUCGAUUAUAAAAUACUGUUAAAGAACUGUACCUUACCUGCGUUCAGCUCCAGUCAAGAGGCUAAUACCCAUUCGGAUCCAAUUAAGCACAGAUUAGAAAAGGCGCUGGGAAAGUAGCACUUUGACACUUUUGUUACCGCAGUUACUUAUUUUCAGUUAUUCUGUUUUUUUCUUUCUCAGUGGCUGAGCCGAUAAAGCUGCCGCCUGUCAAAUGCAACGAACCAGUACUUGCAACAGUAGAAGUUGAUCCCCAGCAUAGAUUUUUACCUUACUAUGUCCGACUCCACCGUUGUGAGGGUUCGUGGGAGGAGUUCAGUCCGAAAACCAAGAAGUGCGUUGCCACUGGCCAAAAGGAAAUCGAGAUAAAAGUCUUUUCCUUGGAGAGAAAAAAAUCUGAAUUACUCCGUAUGUACAACCACACAAGCUGCGGUGCAGAGUGUACGACAGAUGGCCCAGAUAAAUGCGACCCUUACGUGAAGAAGUGGAAUGAAGACACCUGUAAAUGUGACUGUAAGUUUGACGACGCACCACCACGUGACAUCAUGGAACCAAAGAACGGCUCUAGGUGAGAACUCAUAUAUACAGUAAAACCUCUAUUUACCUGUGUAUUAAGCGGCCGCUUAUCAAAUCCAAGUUCACCGUUUAUUUGACAUGUAUUUAGCGGUCACCUCCAUCAAGUAAGCGCGGUCACCCCUUAGCUAGGCUUCCCAAUUGGCCAAUUUUAGUUGGAUAAUAGUGCGAUGUUUUGACAAGAUAAACAAAGCAAUUUCACUUGUUAAACGUCUUAUAAAACAUACAUAUUGUAAACAAAGGCGGUAGCGUGGCCGAGUGACCAGCUCGUUGGAUUCGCAAUCCGGCGUUCCCGAGGCUCGCUCUCGCCACUUGCUGGAUUUGUUCGCGGUCGUUCCGAGCUCAAAUCCUCGACUACGCUCGUAAAUAACCAAUUGGUUGCCUUCUGUUAGAAUACCUCUUUUAUAGCGGCGGUCAUCUAACUAUUUCGCGAGGAUGACCGACUCUAUGUUACAAACGGAAGUACACUAGGAAGUUACUUUUGGACCGGCUACUUUGGGUUCAUAUACCGUAAAUCCUCUAUUAAGCCCCCCUCUCAAAUAAGCCCCUCUCUGUAAUAACCCCCCCCCCUCCCUUUUCAGAAUCUCCCCCUCUCUUUUAAUCCCCCCUCUCUUCAUUCUUAUUAUUCUUCAAAAAAAAAAUGAUAGACUGUAUUCACUGCAGACUGUAAAACCUCGUGUGGACUGAUCCAGGAUGGAUUAUUCACCACCUGGAAGUUCGGAUUUGUUUUAUUGUUUGGCUGCAUGAACUUCAACCUUUUGUACUUGAGCAUUUCCACUUUGCAUUCUAGUUCUUUAUGGAGAACUGAUGCCAUUGCCUUAGCUAAACUAAAUAAGCCCCCUCUCUCAAAUAUGCCCCCCGUGUCUAUUAGCCCCACCUCAAAUGCUUUACGGCAUUUAAAUUUUACUUUCCCACUCGUCACUCAUGCGUUUUCUACCACUUCACUACGUGUCCAUUUUAAGCUAUCUCUAACACCUGUGGGGAUUUUUGGUUUUAGUAUUUUACAAGAUAGCGUUUUCUCUCGCUCGGUCACAUUUUUGCCCAGAAAUAAGCUAUUUCCGAGUUUCAAAAACUCUUGCUUAGUUUUAAAACGAGGCCAACUGCAAAACCUGUCGUGUGAAAAUGAGCUUAAGACAUUGAGAAAACCGCACAUCUGGCGGCUAAAUUCUGUGACUAUUGGAGAGGAUCGGAUCGAGUGGGUGAAACACUCUCGUCUUUUGGGCGUUACUAUCGAUGAGAGGCUUUCCUGGUCACGUCACCUUACAGAUGUAAAAAAGAAUUUCGUAAACAAACUGAACCUCCUGAAAAGGAGUUCGUUUUUGAGCAGAAACUCCCUAUUGGACUUGUACUUCAAGAUAAUAUUACCUUCAGUUCUAUAUGGACUAAUCGUUUGGGGCGGCUGCCCUAAUGCAGAUCUUCUACAUUCUCUGGAAGUACUUCACCGUUGGGCAGCCAGAAUUAUAUACAACUUGCCCCGAGAUAUGCCUACCGAGGAAGUUUAUCGACAUUCGAACUGGAAUACUUUAACCCUCUAUUAUAAACUUCGACAGGACUUCGAUUAAUUAAACAACUCCAUAGCGUGUUUAUAGGUGAAGCACCUACGGCUCUUUCAUACUUGACAAAUAAACCAUGCACUGCAUACAACUUCAGAAGGAGUAAUAACAUAAUCGUCCCGCCUUUUAACUCGCAGUUUCUUAAAAAACUCUAUUAGCUAUAGAGGCGCUAUUCUUUGGAACGCUGUCUCGAGUCAUUUUACAGACCAGUUUAUUGUUUUUUAUCGCAAAGUGAAGAAGGACUCUUAUUUUAAGGAACUUGAUUUUAGCGCACAGUCGGUCCAGUCGCCGCCCAGGCACUACCAAGAUUUUAAAUGCUUUUAACUAUUUUUUGUUUUAAAUGCUGUAGUCAAUUUACUUAGAGGUAACUAAUGUAAAUUCAUUUUAACCUUGUAUUUUUUUAAAAUUUAUUUUUAUUUAUUUCUUUCUUUACUUUUUGGUUAGAAUCUUAUUGAAUAUUUUUUAGAGUUUUAAUUGUAGUUGUAUUUUGUAAGUGAUGUUAUUCUUAUUUUUAUACAGUUUUAUCCAAUUGUAAUCAUUUUUACACGACCCCACAAGCUUUGAGCUUUAAACCAUAUCGUUUUUAAAUAAAGGAUAUGUAUGUAUGUAUGUAUGUAUGUAUGUAUGUAUGUAUGUAUGUAUGUAUGUAUGUAUGUAUGUAUGUAUGUAUGUGUGUGUGUAUGUAUGUAUGUAUGUAUGUAUGUAUGUAUGUAUGUAUGUAUGUAAGACCACGCAGUUGAGGCAGCUCGAAAUUGACCUACUCAUCUCAAGUUGCCGUUCUAGCCACUCCUGUUCGAGUUGCCGAGUGCUCCAAGAGUUUCAGUCCCAAUCCAGAUGGAAGGAUUAGAGGCAACUCGCUACAGAGAAGUGAUCAUAAGUGGAUCUAGUUGGUAUUAGAAACGGGGCUCCCCUUUUUUAUCGUUUCCUCCUUUUUUCCUCCUUUUCUUUUCAUGGACGUGUGCUUUUUUCUCCCUCAGGUGGAAUAAAGACCUUUGUAAAUAUCAAUGCAAUCGAUCGCCAUCUGGCUGCCCACCAAAACAGGUAAGACGGUUUUAUUUAAGUGUUAGAAAUGUUACAACUUAAAGCCCGUUUUAGUGGCCUGCUUGUUCCAGAAUAAUAGUAAAUUUUCGGAAAGUGAACAUGAUCUUCACAGUAGAAUGAACAAUGAAGCUAAGCGACUGAAAAUAAUUAUUUUAAACCCCAAAGGAGUUGCUUGUUCAGCAGCUCAAUAGUCAUCUUAACAUUUGUAACCCAUUUAGGUAGGUUCACACCAAUAGACGAAAACUGGAAUACAACCGGGUGAUUACAGAAUUGCUAUCACACAAAUUCUGUACGAGACCCAAUUGCACUUUAUUAAAACAAGCAGGGGCGGGUCGGACAGACGCCUGUCUAAAUAACCGGUCAUUAGCGAUUGUUUCUGCCUUUCUUCGGUCAUUUUCAUUGGUUUUUAUAAUCGGGAAGUGCCCUCUUAACGCCGAAAGAAGAUGGUGCAGAAAAAAGGUGUUCAUUUCAAUGACACUUUACUGUAGUUGCUGUUGCUCGAGAGAGGUUCGUUUAUACAGAUCCCCUCUGCACCGAUAUCAAACUAAGUGUACUGUAAAAGUGAAAUGAGGUAUAAGUACUUUUAUAUGCUUAUCCUUUUACAGAAAUUAGACAAUAACGCAUGUUCCUGUGUCUGCAAAGGGGUUUACAAGCGUGCUUGCGAGAACAGAAAAGUUCCCCUAAACCCCGACACCUGUGAAUGCGAUGAGGGUCGUACAUCACAUGGAAUGUCUAAAGGUAAGUCGACUCAGUUAUGGCCUUUUUUAAAAUGAUUACAUAUUUCCAAUACACCUUGACGUUUUCUCGGCUGACUGAUAUGACUGACUGACUGAUUGAACUACUGUAUAACUGGUUAACUAAAUAACUAAUUAACUAAUUUAACUAACUAACCAACUAACUGUCAAAUUAACUAAAUUACCAACUAUCUAACGGACUGACACUAUACAUGGAGACUUGUCGAGGAAAAAUUUGUAUAAGUAUGUUAUUUUAUAUACACUGACCUACUACCAAGGAAAACGUGGAAGGAAAAAUUUUAACAUAUGUGAGGUUUAGUAGGCUAUAUGGUUAAGAUUACGCUUAACUGUCACUUAACUCCCUCAACGACGAACAUCGUUGGGUACGGCAGUUCAGUUGGUAUCCGCCUUAUAGUAAAUCAAACUGGAGGAAGGCAGGUACCAACUCUAAUCGCCCGCUUUAGGGAUGUGUCCGUCCUACAGACGUGUUCAUUAUAAAAGAGAGUCGAUAGCCUGCAAAGCAGACGUAUUUUGUAGUGCGAGCGAUGGUACAAACGCUCUCCCAUCAUCUUGGAUGUUGAAGCAUAUAGAGAGUUGGGGAACAAGUCUUGCAAGGACCACUUGGACAAACAGGGGCGAGGAAAAGCCGGAUCUUGUCGUUGAUCAGGAUCAGCAAUAUAACACUUAAAAUUGAAUGCAAGGCUGAUCGGACAGCUAAGACUUACAAUUUUUUUUGCCCAAUAUUUCGACUAGACAAAACUAUAGUCUUCAUCAGGGGCUGGAAAAGCUAAGUGAGGAUAGAAUAAACGGUUACACUUACAGUAUAUAAAAUAAUACAAAAAAUGAAAAAUAAACUGUGAUUAGUGGCGGAAAACAAUAGACAAAAACUUGUAUAACAAGGUUACAUAAAAAUAUAUGUCCAUAGAUUAAAUUUCAUCUCGUCUGUUCAUCAUAUAGGGUUCAAGUGUUGUCUAGUCGAAAUAUUGGGCAAAUAAAUUUGUAAACCUUAGCUCUCCGAUCAGCCUUGCCUUCAAUUUUAAGAGAGUUGGUGGCAGGUCAAAAAAUGAUUCUCAGGGAGAGGACAACGGAUGGCGGCCUGACGUGAUCAAUUUGAUGAGCAAGCUAGACAGUCGACUAGUUGCUAUUGAGAUAAAAGUUUUAAAGUUGCACAUAUCAAUUCUAGGCAUCUAUCUCUUGCUUUCAGCACAUGAUUUAAAGUUCUUUUGGUUUUGUUUUUUUUACAGGUUCGAUUACCUACGUUGUGAUUGGGGCAGUUCUAGUGGUUAUUGCGUUGUUCGUCUUGAGCCUCUGUUACCGGCGUAGAUGCAAACGGUCAAGUUUAAAAAGACCAAAAACUAAUCAAAUGGCGCGUGAGACAUCAUCAGACGCCACGACCUAUUCA